AUUCGCCUCAUCACGCCCUACAACAAACCAACAACUAUACGACUGCAAUCUCUCUGGCUCUAAUUCUCCUACGAGAAUCGGCAUGGGCACGUCCUCGCCCACUGCGCAGCUCUCCCCUCCAUCAGCCCCUGCUGCCGGCCACACCACCCCCGGCCUGGUCGAACGCAACAAUCAGAAUGCCAAGUCGCAGUCGAAGCGGCGUGGAAAAGGCCGAAAGCCUAGACGAAUGGAAGAUUGGUAUGCUAGAGGUUUCACCAGCUGGGUGCAAGAUCCGGAGGACCAAAGCAAAUUGAUCUGCAUGUCUUGCUCGCAAACGAGCAAUGUUACCUGUCUGACCAUACAGGACAGAGCCAUGCAACACGAGAGAUCGCUCGCACAUGGCGUAGCAAACAGUCGCUGGCAGGAAGAGGAGGGGCAGAAAGUGCUGAUGGACGUGAGGGAAGAGAAGCAAAGGCUGAAAAGGGAGGUGAAUGAUCAUUCCAGGGAAGAGAUGAAGCUUGAUGAAGGCUGGGAAAGAGAUUAUGAGGUGGAGCUAGACAUCCUUAAGGGCAUCAUACACCGCCAUCCGACUGAUCACACAACAAAUUACCACUGCGCCCCUUGCUCCACAAUCAAUCACUCUUCCGGCAUCUCCUCCGACAUGGACUCUAUCAGCGAUUUGGUUGCGCACCUGAAGACAACAGAGCAUCUAGUUGUCCGCGUACUUUACCUCCAACAGCAGGCCUACGUCGGCGCAGGCCAGUAUGCUCCUAAGGGACCGAAGAAGAAGAAGAGGAAAGCCGCCGAGCCUCUCGGUGAUAUUCUUAUCAAGACAGAGGCCGACCCAUCAUCGUCUGCGCCUCCCACCGACCCCAAGUCUACAAUCUCGAGCUCCUCCACCUCGGCCAAACGGUCUGCAAAGUCUCGUCCUCCUGCCGCCCGGCCGGUACAUUACGCAAAUCAGCCUUCAUUUACCAUUCCUACGUCGGCCGCCUAUCCCUUUCAGAUCUUACUUCCUCAAUCGCUCAAGGCGAUCCGGCCUCCAUCACCCGGCGUACAUGUGCCAAGCAAUGACGUUCUGCCUACGAUACCCAGCAGGCUGUCUCAUAUUGAGACGAUCAAGCAGCUGGGAGACAAUCUGGACAAAGCGUGGGAGGUGGUUUUGGCGGAUUCAUGAAACGCCGGCAGUUAUGCUAUGCCUUUUCCCGUCAAGAAACACAAAUGAGAUGCCGUCAUGCCGCUGUCAUGGAGUCAAGGAUGGACGCUGGUUGCGUAUGUUGGAGUGUGUAUUCUCUCAUCAUUAUAGAGCUCGAACAAUAGCUCCCAUGAGCAAAUAGGUUUUGUCUACUCGAGGCGCGAAAGCCAUUAGGUACGCCGAAGAAGCCGCUUUCAUCGCAUUGAACGAGACCGGUUCCCAAUCAUGCUGUGUACACAACGCAACGAAAUAGUAGAUGUACAAAGGUCACCAUCC